CUGGAGGGACAUUGGCGCGGUUUAACCUACACCCGGCAGCAGUUCGUGCGGGAGCUUUCUGAUUUUCAUUCGAAACAAUGUCUGCUCAUCAAAAAUACAGAUACGAAAACGAUUGCAAACCUGAUGAAAACAGGAACAAAGGCGCUUCGAGAUGGUCCCAUUGUAGGAAACGCGGUGCAGACGGUAGUCUGAGAAAAUCUCACGCGGUUGAAGAGCCUGUCAAAUGUUCACAGAGCUCACGCAGACCAAAAAGUUUCACAACCCCAGAGAGUGAGGGACCUGUGUCCAGAGUAAAAAACUGGGGAGAUGAGGUAGAGGCAGAGGAAAUGCGUUCAAAUGUCCAACGUGAUAUGCAUCGAUACAGAAGAAGGAUUCUUGAAGCAGAUUUUCCUCAAAGAGACAGAAAAAUCUCAUCUGGAAGUUCGGACUCCAGAGACUCUAGAGAUUCCAAAGAGUCUUCUGUUAAAGGAGACAUCGAGACAGACGAGGCCACACUCAUAAGAAGACAAAAACAGAUAAAUUAUGGGAAAAACACUCUCGCAUAUGACGGAUACAUUAAAGAAGUUCCCAAGCAUAUGAGACAGCCUGGUGUUCAUCCAAAGACUCCAAACAAAUUCAAGAAGUACAGCCGACGCUCCUGGGACCAGCAGAUUAAACUGUGGCGGGUCAAACUUCACGCUUGGGAUCCUCCUGCAGAAGAGGGAAGCGAUGUGCAGCAGAUAGAAGUGAUUGACCUUGGUGAAAUAAUGGACUUUGAGUUGGAUGUGGAAUGUUCAGUGGAUACUGAAUCCAAGUGUCCAACAUCCAGUGGAGUAUCGCUGUCUUUGGCAGAGGACUCAUUUACAGGAACCCCUAAAAAGGUGAUGAAAAUUGAGGAUACUGAAAUGUCAUGAGCAACUACGCUAAUAUCCGAGGAUCUAUGAGAGAACUCCUGAGCAGCUGAAUUGUUUAAAUACACUGUUUUCCUUACUGUUUUGAGUGUUAUUGUAAAAAUGCUUUCAACAGGUUCUGGUGUUUUUGUGAUAGCACAGGUUUUGACAGCUUCUUAAAGAAGUUUUUUAAAAGAGGUUUUGGCAGUAUAACUGAAUUCAACAUUGAGUUCU